UUGGUCUGACCGGGAAGCGUGUACCUUUGUUUGGGGAAAUAACUAGCUUUCCGCUGUGCUUGGACUUCGUGUAGCUAUUUCGGCUUAAAAAAAACACACAGAAAAAAAACAAUUCAGCACUGACUUUUGAAUAGUCCAGAUUCUUGUGCCGUGUCAUUUGAGUCAUUUGGACGACAGCGUCGGUGUGAGAGUGACCAGGAGGAGGACGUUUAGCCCCAGAUUUUGCAGUGACUGCAGCUAUUGUACUGCUUUGAGAGACCAUGUCCGAUUUAUUUCUGCUGCUGCUGAUAAUUGUCCUUCUGCUGUGCUUGGUUGUGACGGUGGGGGGCUUACUGCUGUACUCGGGGGUCCUGUCAGACAUUGUCAUUAAGACUGGGCCGCCUCCCAUUAGAAAUGUCACCAUUGCUUAUAAGUUUAAAGAGGGACCAUACAAGGACUGCGGGGCAGCCUACACUGAAAGCUGCAGCAUUGGGCCAAAGCUGAACGCCAUCGGUGUCUUCUACGAUGACCCCAAGCAGAGGCCACCAGAGAAGUGCCGCUACGUGGUGGGCAGCAUCCUGUGUGAGGGUGAAGAGAAGCCAAAUGAAGAUCUGCAGAAGCUGUAUGAGAAGUUUGGCUUCAACGUGUUUUCUAUGCCAGACGUGAGCCAUGCUGUGACCACCAGCUUUCCUUGCACCACCCCUCUGUCCCACGUACUCGGGCCUUACAGGGUGUACCCCAGAAUUGCUUCCUACAUUGAGGAGAGGAAGCUUUGUGCAUUCCCAACUAUUGAGAUCUACAGUUCAGAUGUCAUCAACUAUAUGGUUCCGCUGUCUCGUCAGACGGACUUCUUUGUACCAGAAAUGAAAGAGGAGGUCAGAACAGAUGUGAAGGAAGAGGACUCGGACGACGAUAGAGGAACUGACAUUACAGGUGCAGAUUCCCACAGUGAUGUGAGCUCAGUAAGCGGUGGCGUGCCCUGGGACAGCAGAGAGACGUCCCUGGCUGUUUCCACAGCCGCCUCCAUGGCUUCCUCACUGCCCCUGAGAGACGUUUUGGAUGCCAGUGAAGACCUUAAAUACAGGGACCACAGCGACAGAGGUUCUAAUGACUCAGUGGGUAGUGGCUCCUCCUUUGAAGAGCUUGACAUGGAUCAGGAGGAGCUGGGGGAAGGUGAAGAGAGGGUGAAGAAGGAAUACGGGGAAGAGAAGCACUAUCCUGAAGGUGAAGGCGGAGCUAGAGAAGGAGCUGAACUUGCGGCCGAGAAGAAGGAGCGCUUAGGGGAAGGAGAGGAGUAGGGAGGAUGCUGAGGAGAUAAGGGAUGUAGCCAUGUAACACUGGCAUGCUGGAGAGAUUCUCAGCUGUGCUGUUGCUGGUUAUCUGUCAUGUAAUCUUGUUGGUGGAUCUAAAGCCGUUAAUGUAAUGACCAACAUGCCGUAUUUCCGCGCCUUCUAAAUCUCUUUUUGAAGCCUGUACUUUCUGUUAUUCUCUAAUCUCAGUUCAAAAAAAAAAGAAAAAGAAAAAAAAUCCCGAUCCUGUAUCUCUGUCUAUACAAACAUACACACAACAAAUGGGAGAUUUAAUUAGAUAUUUCAUCUUAAUUGUAAUCCUGUUUGGAUCACUUUUAUUCCCUUUCUGAUUAGAAGUAACCUUUCUAUUUAAGAUUAAGGAUUAAAAGCAAAGGGGAGUUACCAACUAUCGUGGAUCAUCAGAAAGUAUAUAUUGUUUUGCCCAUAUGUGACAGUUGAUAUUGCAACCCCACUCUCAAGGUCAAGUCCUGAGGAAAUUCGUGUCACGUGUUUGUGCGCAUUACCCGACUUUAGUGUUGUGAUGUAACGACUGGGUGAAAAAGUGCAGGCGUUGUCGUUGCUGUAGAAAUGUUCAUGGCGCUGUUUCAUUGUGUUAUUUUAUAUAAGGGGAAAUUCUAAAAUCUGCGGUGGAGAAAAAGAUUAUUAAAGUAACAUCAUCAAUGCCUCCGGGUCACCAGGACUAAGAUUUAGAUUAAAGUUCAAACAUAUUUGUAAGCUUUCCCCUGAAAGGUGUACAGAAUAUUUUAUUGUCACUCUGCAAAAAAAGGUUAAUUGAAUUAUUUUAAUGUAUUGUUCAUUUUCUGUGGGCAGUUUGUUCAGCCACAUUUCAUUUACAUUUAUGUUGUAGACAAAAUUCACCUAUUAUCUGAAGCUAGCUGUAACAUGUUUGUAUGUUGACGUUGGAUAUGAUGUACGAUGCAUUGCCAUGUCUUCCUGUGUGUAAUAAAAUUUUCAAAGAAAUGUUAGUUUGACAAGAAUAACAGAAA